GAAAGUCAGACCGGAAUGGCAGAUAGGGAAGGCAGAGCUGGGCUUGGUCGCAGAUGGUUCCUGUUGGGGAAGGACACGGGUGCAGCUGCCUGGCCUCCCCCCACCCGUCGCAUUAUCGCUGCCCGGCAGCUGUUCACCUUCCCCCUCGCCAUGGGACACGGCGCUGCUGCCACCGCGGGCCCGGCGGUCACACGAACGGCUGUGGCAGGGGGCAGGCGCCAUACGGGCAGGACGCCCUGAGCUGCACCGCACUGCACUGAGCCCUGCGGCUUGCAGCCUGCCCGGGGCUGUGCAGGAGCGGGCUGGCUGUGCCACGCACCACUGCGAUGCCCGGGGGCAACCCCAGACCUGACACCCACCCCUCUGGCAGGACCGGCCCAGACCCCGCCGCACCGCGGGCCGCCACCAUGCCCGACUCGCCGGCCGACGUCAAGACGCAGCCCAGGUCCACGCCGCCCAACAUGCCGCCGCCGCCGCCCGCCGUCACGCAGGGAGCCACGCGUCACCCCUCCUUCACGCCCAGCACCAAUCGAGACGCUGUCCCUCCGACGUUUCUGCCUCGCGGCCGUUUUCAUGGUUGCUUGAAAUGGUCGAUGGUCUGUCUCUUGAUGAACGGCAGCAGCCACUCGCCCACCGCCAUCAAUGGGGCCCCGUCCACCCCCAAUGGGUUCAGCAACGGGCCGGCCACCUCCUCCAGCGCCUCGCUGUCCACCCACCAGCUCCCACCGGCCUGCGGAGCCCGGCAGCUCAGCAAGCUCAAGCGCUUCCUCACCACCCUGCAGCAGUUCGGCAAUGACAUCUCGCCCGAGAUCGGGGAGCGGGUGCGCACCCUCGUCCUGGGGCUCGUGAACUCCACGCUGACCAUCGAGGAGUUCCACGCCAAGCUGCAGGAGGCCACCAACUUCCCGCUGCGGCCCUUUGUCAUCCCCUUCCUGAAGGUGGGUGCCCCGUGUGUCCCUCGGCGCUCUCUGGCUCCCACGGGGCUGCCCGCGGUAACGCUUGGGGCCAACCUGCCCCUGCUGCAGCGUGAGCUGCUGCACUGCGCCCGCAUGGCCAAGCAGAGCCCGGCGCAGUACCUGGCGCAGCACGAGCAGCUGCUGCUGGAUGCCAAUGCCUCCUCUCCCGUCGACUCCUCCGAGCUGCUCCUGGAGGUCAGCGAGAGCGGCAAGAGGAGGACACCAGACAGGACCAAAGAGAACGGUUUGGACCGCGACCCCCUGCACCCCGAGCACCUCAGCAAGCGGCCAUGCACCAUGAGCCCGGCGCAGCGCUACAGCCCCAGCAACGGGCUGAGCCACCCCCCCAACGGGCUGCCGCACCCCCCCGGCCCCCCGCCCCAGCACUACCGCCUGGAGGACAUGGCCAUGGCGCACCACUACCGCGACGCCUACCGCCACGCCGACCCCCGUGAGCGCCCACGGCCUGCGGUGCACGGGACACGCCAGGAGGAGGUGAUCGACCACCGGCUCACCGACAGGGAGUGGGCAGAGGAGUGGAAGCACCUCAACAACCUGCUGAACUGCAUCAUGGACAUGGUGGAGAAGACACGGCGGUCACUGACGGUGCUGCGGCGGUGUCAGGAGGCCGACCGCGAGGAGCUCAACCACUGGAUCCGCCGCUACAGCGACGCCGAGGACAUGAAGAAAGGCAGCCCCCCCUCCGCCCGCUCCCACAACAGCUCCUCCAGCUCCGAGGCACCCCAGUUAGAUGUGCACCGGGAUUUUGCACCGCGGCCGCUCUCAGGGUACAUGCCCGAGGAGAUCUGGAGAAAGGCUGAAGAAGCUGUGAACGAGGUGAAGCGGCAGGCCAUGUCCGAGCUGCAGAAAGCCGUGUCGGAUGCUGAGCGCAAAGCCCACGAGCUGAUCACCACCGAGCGCGCCAAGAUGGAGCGGGCGCUGGCCGAGGCCAAGCGGCAGGCGUCCGAGGAUGCCCUCACCGUCAUCAACCAGCAGGAGGACUCCAGUGAGAGCUGCUGGAACUGCGGGCGCAAAGCGAGCGAGACCUGCAGCGGCUGCAACACCGCCCGCUACUGCGGCUCCUUCUGCCAGCACAAGGAUUGGGAGAAGCACCACCACGUCUGCGGGCAGACUCUGCAGGGGCUGCCGGCCCCCUCCGCCCCCACAGCCGUGGGGCAGCCCGAGGCGGUGCCCCCCAUGGCCAGCAGCCCCAGCGACGCGGGCUCGGCGGGCGCAUCCCGUGCCGGCACACCGGGCACCCCGGCCCCGUUGGAGAGCGCAUCGCGCUGAGCGCGGACUGACGCCCAUCGCAGCCCUCCGCUCCCCGAGCGGGUGACCUCCGAACUGACCUCGAGCUCUCAGAUAAUCCUCACGGAUCCUCAAACUGGGCUUCACGUGGAGCUAAGGCAAAUACCCAUC